CUUUAUCCACUCUCAAAAGGAAAUUCCCACUCUCUUUCUCCAAUUCAAAGAAUGCAGAUACUCCAAGCACCUCACAUCUUCACAUUCCCUAAACCCCUAAACCCCGUCUUCAGACCUCGCCACAUCACAUGGCGUCCUCUCACCACCUCCAAGUCCAACUGCUUCAGGCCUGACGAAGUCCCCGUCGACGAGACCUUCCUUCAGAAGUUCGGUCCCAAGGACAAAGAAUCCGAGGACGAGGCCCGUCGCCGUAACUGGAUUCAGCGAGGCUGGGCUCCUUGGGAGGAAAUUCUCACUCCAGAGGCCAAUUUCGCUAGGAAAUCCCUCAACGAAGGCGAAGAGGUUCCCCUGAAAACUCCCGAGGCCAUCGAAGCAUUCAAGAUGCUCUCCCCUAAAUACCGCCUUAAGAAGAUGAAAGAAAUGGGAAUUACCGAGGACGAGUGGUACCAGAAGCAGUUCGAGAUCACAAGAGACGUCCCUGAGAAGUUGGAGACGUCUUGGGCAGCUCCGAUGGUCGUGCGUCACGUCCCGCCCCGAGAUUGGCCUCCCAGGGGUUGGGAGGUGGACCGGGAGGAGCUGCGAUUCAUUAGGGAGGCGCAUACGAUGCUGGCGGAGAGGGUGGACUUGGAGGAAGUGGAAAAAGCGGCUACCACCAACGCUGAGGAUAUUUGUUUGGACAGGUAUAAGGUGUUCUUGAAGCAGUACAAUGAGUGGGUCACAGCUAAUAAGGAUAGAUUGGAGGAGGAGUCAUUCAAGUUCGACCAGGAUUAUUAUCCAGGAAGAAGGAAACGAGGGAAGGACUACAAAGAUGGAAUGUACGAGCUGCCGUAUUACUAUCCAGGACAGAUUUGUGAAGGUGAAGUGACUAGUAUACACCUGUAUGAAGGAGCAUUUGUUGAUAUUGGAGGAGUGCAUGAUGGGUGGGUUCCCAUAAAAGGUAAUGAUUGGUACUGGAUCCGUCAUCAUAUAAAAGUUGGUAUGCCUGUGAUUGUUGAAAUUCUGGCAAAACGCGAUCCUUAUCGGUUUCGAUUUCCAAUUGAAAUGCGCUUUGUUUUUCCCAACAUAGAUCACCUGAUCUUUAACAGAUUUGAAUUUCCUCCCACAUUUCGCCGUGCUGAGGAUAAAAGUGACGAUGAAUUCCGGCGUGAAUGUGGAAGACCUCCUGUUCCUAGAAAAGACCUGGAAGACAAACCAGAAGAGGAACCACUGUUGUCAAAUCACCCUUUUGUUGAUAAGUUGUGGCUGAUCCAUAAUGCUGAGCAAAUGAUUUUGGAUGAUUGGGAGACUAAUCCUGAGAAAUACAAGGGCAAAAGGUUAUCAGAAUUAGCUGAUGAUGAUGAUUUUGAUGAAGAAAACAGUGUCGAAUAUACCAAAACUUAUUAUAAGAAAGCCUUGGUACCAAAAGUGAUUAUGAAACAAAGUGUUAAAGAGCUCGACUUGGAAGCAGCCUUGGCUGAGCGUGAGUUCCAUAAUAAUCUCAGAAAGGAAGCAGAAGCUAGAGGAGAAAAAUACAAAGUUCACAAGCUGAGGCGCAAUAAUGAAAUGGAUGAGUAUGACUUAAUGCAUUGGCGUCGAUCAUUUGAGGAAAGAGAAGCACUGAUCAGAGACAUUAGCUGUCGUAAAGCUCUUGGUCUGCCAUUGGAAGAGCCAGGGAAGUUUAAGCCAGCAAGUUUCUUUGGAAAAGAUCAAUAUGAUCCCGAUAGUCCGUUAUAUCGGUAUGACUACUGGGGAGAACCCAAGAACUCAGAAAAGAGCAGGCAAGAACGAAUGGCAGACACACACAACACAUCAAUUGUGGGCAAGGGAGUCCUUUGGUAUGAAAUGUCUUACGAAGAAGCCAUCAAGCAGAAGUUGGAGAGAGAAGCCCGUGGAGAGACGGUAACAGAAAAGGAAAUUGAACCAGACACCAAGAGAGAGGAUGAUGAUGAGGACGACGAUGACGACUGGGAUUACAGUUUUUUGGCCGACCCUAACUUCGAUUUUUCAGAUCAGCCUGUAGUUAAUGGGACUGAAUCUUCUAGACUUUCUGAUGAGGGUAUGUUUGAGGAUUAGUUUUGAGGAACAUGAUGUAUGCGCAUAUCAGUCUUGUGAAGAGCACCUCAUAUAAUAGAAAUUUGAAAUUGGAUUUCUGAUGGAACCCGGCCGUAAGCUAUCCUAUAACACUAGUUGCAGCCUUGCAGGGAAUCCUUUAAUGUACUUGACCGUUCGAAUAUAACAUCAUCAGUAGAAAAUAAACGAUGAAUAUUAUUUGUAUCCCAUUUUUUACUAAGUACAAGUUAUUUAUCUGUGAA